UGGAUAUCAAGAGUUCCGAGGGCCUCGUCACGUGUCUCAACGUGCGGCGCCUCCAGGAGCUUGGAUGGACAUCGUCUCCAUACCUCAGGUCAAUCGGUCGUCGCAGCGCCUGGCCGUGGCGUCUUUGCCAACCUUUGCUAGUUGUUGCUCUAUAUUUGUGGUCGUCGCGCCAGACGCGACGCAUGCGGACACGGGAUGCGUGUGUGACUCGAAGACGUUCCGCCGGCGGGCGUGGUGUCGCGCCGAGCUGACGGCGUGCUGGGCGCGCAACGGCUCCGACGGCAUGUACUAUUCGACCAAUUCAGGGCUAAAACCGCUCGCGCCGAACCGGCCGCGCGAUGCGCUAGAUGUCUUCGGCGGCGACCUCACGUGUUGCGCGAAGUGCCAUCCGGACGGGCAGGCCUGCGACAAGGAGCUGCUCGUGCUACCGAUGCUCGGGUCGCGCGCGGUGCCUGCACGAUCGCCAUCGACGCGACUCACUGACUGAAUGCACGCAGGUUGUUCGACGAGAUCUACCGCGACCGGAACGGUACCAAGGCCGACGCCUGGACCACCAUCGAGAGACGGGGCCUUGACAAAUUGUACCCGAAGACGUUCCUCUGGACGCGGACCGCGGACGACGUCCAGACGCGGCCACUGUUUGGUGAUCUCAUCGCGGCCUGCAUGGCCUCGCGCGACGCGGCGGCGGCCGGCUCGAAGCCGGACCUGCGUGGUUACGCGCCGGGAGCUCCUGGCACACAGGCGGUGCGGCACGCGCAUUCGGCGCCGCAGCCGUCGAAGAGAUCAUUACUCCGUGCGGCGUCGUCGCGGCUGCUCUCACCGCCCGCGCUGCUCCGAAGCAUGUCGACGAUAAAUUCCAAGGCGUCGUCGCGGGAUAGCUCGCUCGAGCCGACGGCCACGCCCUCCGGGCUCUCGCCCUCGCUCACGUGGCACGCGUCGGCGCCGUCGACGCGGCGGCCGCCACGGAUGGUGUCCUUCCGGCACCAGGACUCGGGGGAGAUCGGCGACGGCGACGCGGUCUCUCCAACGGAGUCGUCGGCGGUAUAAUUACCAA